CGGUUGCCAACAGAAACUGCCCAUUCUCAUGAGACCCGAAAUCCAAAUAGUUGACCGCGAAUUACUUGCUACACCGGAGGCUCCCAAAGAAACCACAACCGUCUUAAAUCCUUUUCAAUACCGCUUUUCACCUUACCAUUUUUUGUGCCAUCAAUUGGCCCUCUUUACAAGCUACCGCAUUGUAUCAUUUAAUUAUUUUUUUCUUCCUCAAGUUCUUUUUUUGUCUAUGGUCACUUGAUCAAGGCCGAAUGGACCGACGAAGCUAUGAAUCUCCCAUGGACUGGGAAUACCAGAAUAAUGCUCCCGUAGACCCAUCAAGUCCAUUUGUGCAGUCUGCUAAACAAAUACAAGCUAAAGGUAUCUUUGGCUCUUCCGUACUCAAUAGCAACGGCCCUCAAAGAACUUUCGGUCAGGCCUCGUUCGAACGCACGCAAAGCUCACCAUCUACCCAAAAGACCCUUCCACCUGGGCCACGUCAAUCCUCUAUAUUUUCCACGUCCGGCCUCCCGAGGACCGCUACUGCGCCUCCUUUCCGAAAUCCAGCAUUCACAACGCCAAGAAAACCAUUUGAUUCCGAUGCCCUAUCUGAGUUCUCGCCCGCCGAGUCUAGUCCGGCCGCUACUGACGUCUCCGACUAUCCCGACACCCCCGAGAACGACCGCUCAUCUACAUUUGCUCAAAUGACGAUAACACCCGCGACUGUGAACAAAUUAAGAUCGUUAUCGCCAAAGAAGGCAUCCGGUAAAGGUGAGAUAGCUAGGACCAUCUUUGCUUCACGAGACAAAGUGCGCAAAAGGAAGCGGUACAAUGCAGAUAGAGACGUUAGCGGAUACCGUCUACCUUAUCUCCAGCCGGACGAAUGCGAGGAUUCUGAUUAUGAGUCGGAUGAGAGCACAUUCCAGCCAGGGAAAGCCCGCAAAGACCAGACGAAACGCCGCAAGGAUGGUUGGUUCGGCGCCUUUCUAGCCACCGUUCAACGGCAUCCAUACGCUCCGAGUAUUCUUGGUUAUUGGUUAACUUUCGCAUUUAAUCUAUUCUGCGUAUCGGCCGCGUGCUGGAUCGGCUGGGCCGUCAUCGAUGGUUUGCGCCAGGACUUUUCUACUGAGAGACAAGCUCUAAGGGCUGAUAUCCUCGCCGAGAUUGAGAAGUGCACAAGCGAUUAUCGAGAGAACAAAUGCUCUCCUAUAGAGAAACGCUUACCCGCCAUGUAUGAGUUGUGUGAUCAAUGGUUCGCCUGCAUGAAUCAAAACCCAGACAACGUCAAACAGGUAUCAAGCAGCGCGAAGGAGAUGGCUAAGAUUCUCAACGAGAUUGUGGAGACCAUGUCCUACAAGACAAUUGCUUUAUUUAUCAUAUUGUUCACGAUAUUUAUAUACAGCGGAAAGUCGUUAUACAAGAGCGCGAACGCAUUCACGGAUAUUCCCCAGGUUCAUCCACCUGCGCCGUUUCCGUCACAUCAUGCAAGCGAUCCACAUUUAAAGCCUCUGCCCCAGCAGGUGUAUUGGCAAGCGAUACAACCACAGACUCCACGACAUACGAACAACCGACGCUUCAUCCAUGACGAAACCCCGGACACGGAUGAGGUGUCGAGAUACUCUCUCCCGCCCCCGGAGACUCCUAUCUCGCGACGAAGUCCAUCCAAAGGCGAGCGAGGUAGAAGUCCAACGAAGAGUAGGAGCCCAGUAAAGCGAUACUGAGGCCAAGGGGCGAGUAACUUGUACGAUAGAGAAUAGAGCGUGUGGGCAGUGGCACAAAUAAUUCCUAAAUGUGUUACAAUUCCAUAAUAAUGUAUUUCCAAGCCAGAUGGUUAAUAUACCUACCUAAUUGAGGCUGUUGCCCUCUGGCAUAAAGCAUCCACUGACCAUGAACUUCGAGAUACUGAUUGAACUAGGUAACCUAGGUAUCCAUGUGAAAUCAAGGUAAGAAACCCAAAUCAUAGGGCACGAGGAUUUCGAUGUUUUAAUAAUGCAAAAGAAUCAUUAGUGGAAAUGCCUAAGCCGUACUCUGUCAGGUUAUAUCGAUAAACCUAUAAGUAAAAUAAAUGCUAUUUAGGUAUGAAAAGUACCUUAGGUCCCUUGCAUUAGUUGACCUUUUGUACCUAAUGUUAUUACUUGCUAUAUAUCCUCCACUCUCCACUUCUAGAUAGGUGUUGAACUAUACGACCUACAUGCUGGACUUGCGCUUCUGAGUCGACCACAUUACUAAUGUAGGUACCUACCUUUCGGGGCAAUAUGUAAGGUAGAAAUAGGUAAAAUAUAGAAAUACGGGGCGAUUAGCGCUGAAUUUUAUUUUUAAACAAGCCCGGGCUCAGGUACUAUGUAAGUUAACAUACUUCACAGAUAGCUUAGUUAGCAAGAUC